CACACCUCGUCUCCUUAUUCGUACGGUUCUAAAAGAGAUUGAAAGUUUGUAAUAAAAAAAAAAAACCAAAACAGACGCAAAGGGCAUAACCGUAAAAAAAGCAUUCCAAAAUGGCCGCCGUGAGUAGCUCGUCGGAGACAGGAGGAGGCGUGGAGAGAGGAGAGAUCAUGUUGUUCGGAGUUAGAGUUGUGGUUGAUCCGAUGAGAAAGUGUGUGAGUUUGAACAAUCUCUCUGAUUACGAGAAGUCUUCUCCUCUUGAGGAAGAGAUCCCUAAGAUCGGAGACGGUGAAGAUAAGAACGAAUCCGCCGUCGCCGCCGGUUACGCCUCCGCUAAUGAAACUCUCCAGAUUCCGUCUUCUUCCGGUGGAAACCGUGAGAGGAAGAGAGGAAUAGCAUGGACUGAAGAGGAGCACAAGAGGUUCUUGCUUGGUCUGCAGAAAGUAGGGAAAGGAGAUUGGAAAGGGAUUUCUAGGAACUUUGUUAAGAGCAGGACUCCUACUCAGGUAGCUAGUCAUGCUCAGAAGUACUUUCUCCGCCGGACAAAUCUUAAUCGUCGCCGGAGAAGAUCUAGUCUUUUUGACAUCACAACCGAGACGGUCACAGGAAUGCACAUGGAGCAAGAUCAAGACAACUCGUCACUACCUGAAACUAACAUCAACUCUGGACAUCAUCAAGUGAUGCAAGUUCUUCCUGAAGUUUCAGUGCCAACAAGAACUGAGACGGUCCCAGUAACCUUCCAAGCAAAUCCUCAGUUCAAUCUAAACACAGAGGCUGCAGUUCCUGCUCCGCUUUCUCUCAACCUUUCUCUAUCUUUUAACCUCAACGAACAAUCCAACUCAAGACGUUCGGCUUUCACUAUGCUGCCAAGCUUCAGUGAUGGAGAUAGCAACAGCAGUAUCAUCAGAGUUGCUUAGACUUAAAAGCCAAGGGCUUACUCUUGUGAAACUGUUAUGUAAAAAUAAUCAGGGGAUAAAAGAACAAUAACAACAGAGGAAGGGGGCUUUUAGAGAUGGGACGAACUGUGUUUAGGGGUUCUUCAUCAUCUAUGUUUUGUAUUGUUUGUUUGUUUGUAAAACUCUGCUAUGUUUGUGAUUUGUUUUGUUGUGGUAUGUAAGUUAAAAGAAAGUUGUGCCUCUCAUGUGGCCCAUCUCAAUCAAUGGUUGGUGAUUUGUGGGGUGCUUUUAUAUUAUCUUAUCUUUUGGGGAUAAGCUAAAAUGUAUGUAUGUGGUUCAUCGAAUAUCUUAUCAUCAUUACCUUUAAUGCCAUAAUAAUAAUGUAAUGUUGCCACUUUGACUUUUUGAUGGAUUUUUUGUUUUCUUAUAGAUGAUAGUUAGGUGUGUAGUUAAGUCUAUUUUUGCUUCCAUAGAUAUCUCUGAAAAAAUCGAGAAAGCAGAUCAUGAAAUUAUAAACCAUUCUAAAUUUGC